GUGCGGGCGGGCGGGGGGUGGCCACGAAAAGUAGGAGGCGGAGGGGCAGCAGCCCGGCCUUCUGCAGGUCUGCGGGUCUGAGUGUCGCGGCGGCGCGCUCGCGGCGAGAAUCGGGAAGAGGAGGAGACGGCAAGGAUAGGCCCAGGAGCAAUGGCGUCCAAAGAGGAAGCAGCAGUAAAAAAUCUCAACGUGGCAAAUGCCGAACAGGAAAACGAAGGAGAGGACCCGGCCCCUGUACAAAAUGGAGAGGAAUCAUGCCAUUUGAAGAAGGGUGAAGGCCGGAAGCCUGGAGGAAAUGUUAGGCUGGGGCGAGUUAGGCGCCUUGUCCCUAAUUUUCGAUGGGCCAUACCUAACAGGCAGCCUGAUCACAAUGAAGUGGGAGAUGAUGUAGAGAAGUUCAUAGGGCAGAUGAUGGAAAUCAGGAGAAAGACUAGGGAGCAGCAACUGAGGCAUCAUAUGCCUUUCCAGACUCCUGAACCUGAUAAUCAUUAUGACUUUUGCCUUAUCCCUUGAAUCCUAAGGUGUUCCCUGAGGUUAAUAAUGUGGCUUCUGCUCUACAAGCUUGUAGUUUUGUGACUUCCUUUUUCUGAAAACCGUUUGGUGUUUCCACUUUCACAACAGUUUCUAAGUGAGUAUUGUUUUGUCUCAGUGUAAAUCUUUCUGUCCGGCAGGGCAAUUUCACCCAGUUUUAGGGAAAAUAUUCUUUUCAUAAUAUGAAAUUAAUAAAGCAAUUUAAAAUGCAA